AGAGUUAUAUUCAUGCAUUUCUUUUAUCCAGGGUGUUGUUUCUUUUUUUCUGGUAUUAAAUAUUUUGGAAUUGACAAUUAAGGAUGAUCACAUUCAAUUAAAGAGUAUAAUCCAUCAACAGAUUACCGAUAAGAAUAUGACGAAACUAUUUUAAGCUUUGCUUAACACGUGCAACUUGAGCCGAUGAUGAUGAUUGAAGAGGUACUUAAUUUUGCAUUAUUUAUUGAAACAAAGCUGUGCUUUAGCUGUACUGUUUAUUAUCAGCGUAAAACGUGAUAUGUUUGAUUGGAUGUCAAGACGGAAAAACAGUAUACUGAGACGGAAAAAUAGGACAGAGAAACUUUCUUAUAAUCAAACGAAAACAUAUCUUACGAAGCCAGAAAAUGAUUCAGACCUUUAACCUCCAGAUGUUGUUUGUGUGCUUGAAGAACACCAGACAUCUUGGAGAGAGAAUCACAGAUGGGACUAUAAAUACAAGAGAGUGACAGAUAUCUUGUAACUUGGCUCAAGCUGCUGCUCGAAGCAAACACGAUCCUGCAAUUAUUGUAGAUUUCGAGCGGCCUUGUACAGCUCUUCAUGACCUUGAUGUAAAGAAACUCAAAUGAUUCCUUUUUCUGUUGGUUACCGGAAGCCUUGUAGUGUUUAAUUGUUUUUAUUUCUAUUUAUCAGUCUUACCAGAUACACCAAAAUUCGAGUUAGAUACUUAAGUACUCCGAGGUAAAUAUUUUGUUUUAUAGCUUCAGUACCAUCUAUAACCAGUUGCAAAGCGAUAGCGGUUAACUCGUAUAAAUGCUCAGGAACCUGACAAAAACUCAGAAAAAGCAACUCCGAUAAUGCAAGAAGACGACGAGCACACCAAACUUCCAGUUACUGAAGAUGAUGUUGACACCGAGGAGCUUCCACCUCUAGUAGCACCUCCUGACGGUGGAUGGGGGUGGGUUAUCGUCUUUGCUUCAUUCAUGUGUAAUGUUGUCGUGGAUGGAAUCAUUUUCUCAUUUGGAGUUUUUCUCACCGAACUUACUACUACUUUUAAUGAGAGUAAGUCUAAGGUAGCGUGGAUUGGCUCUAUAAAUGCGGGGACCUACCUAAUUGUGGGACCCUUGGUGAGUGCCUUGGCCAACACUUAUGGUUGCAGACCUGUCAUCAUUAUGGGGAGUAUCAUUGCGGCAAUAGGUUUUGUUCUAUCUGCCUUUGCUACAGACAUUGUUUUCUUAUUUGUCACCUAUGGGAUUUUAGGAGGCACCGGCUUUGGAUUUAUUUUCCUUCCUGCCAUUGUGACAGUAGGAUUUUACUUUGAACGCAAGAGAUCUUUUGCAACAGGAAUUGCAGUUUGUGGUUCUGGGAUCGGCACCUUUCUUUUCGCACCGGUGACCAGAUUACUCAUUGACUCCUUCGGUUGGAGGGGCACCAUGUUGAUUUUAGCAGGAAUUUCACUACACUGUAUCGCAUUCGGUUUCCUCUUCCGUCCUUUGGGCCCACCAAAGCCGAAUCCACGAUCUAAGUCUCGACAGAAGCCGUUGUUAUUGCGAAUCAAAGAAGCCCGAGAAGCUCUGCACCGGUGUGACUCCGAAGAGUCAGUGGCCAUCGAUGAUAACUUAAUAGAUCGAAAGAACGGAGUUGGAAGAAUUUCGACGUCUCAGAGGUCAUCUAUAGUCGGUAACACCUCUGCUUCCACUUGUGCCUCUGGAAGCACGCUCCAAGUUGCAGGAUUUAAUGUUCCCAAUCAAACCACAUCAUUCGUAUCCCCUACGUGCAGCCAUGGCAGUCUUCCACCCCCCUAUAAUGAAGUAGUUAAUGAUGACAUCGCAUCUUACUUAAACAACAACAGUCUGAAGGUUCCUAGACAGCCUUCACUCGAAAAAAUCGCUGUUUUGAGAAAUCAACAAAAUAAUAAUAGAAGACUCUCCAAGAUUAACAAAGAAGAAGCUCUUAGGCCAUUUUACAGACAAGAUAUCCUCUUCAGUGCAAGCCUCAUCCGUCUGCCGGAAUUUCGGUCACAACCGGAUAUAGAACACUACCAUUUCAGUAUUAUUCGGAUCCCGGAACAUAAUGAAGAAACAGAAAAUUCCAUUUGGCGGCGAUGUGGCUGUUCUCCUGCAAUGAUAGAUACAUUUCGUCAGAUGUUGGAUUUCUCUUUACUAUUUAGACCCACUUUUCUUGUAUUAGCUAUUUCAGGUUUUUUGACUAUGAUUGGCUUUUUUGUGCCAUUUAUGUAUUUGGUUGAUCGUGCAGGAAUGAAUGGAAUUCCCCCAGAAAAGGGAGCAUUUAUACUUUCAGUUAUUGGAAUAACGAACACAGUGGGCCGGCUCUUUAGUGGAUGGGUGUGUGAUCGGCCCGAGGUAAAGACCCUCGUUAUAAACAACACAGCACUUGUAGUCGGAGGAGUGUGCACGGUUUUGAACCCACUUUUAAACACAUACAGUCUUCUUUUAGCAUACGCAGCAAUUUUUGGGUUUUCAAUAGCAUGCUUUGCUGCUCUUCGAUCGGUUAUCACUGCCGAAAUUCUUGGUGUUGAAAAACUGACUAAUGCUUUCGGACUAUUGCUGUUAUUUCAGGGGCUUGCUUCUUUUAUAGGAGCACCCUUAGCAGGCAUGUUUUACGACAUUACUGGAAGUUACGAUGCAUCAUUCUAUAUUGCUGGUAGUGUCAUUGCCUUGUCAGGAAUCAUGUGUGUUCCUCUCCCAUUUAUCAGUCGAUGGGAAAAUAGUCGGGAAGAGAAGCGACAAGGUUUGAUGUCCAGCAAUUCUUUUUCAAAUCCACACUCAGUUGGUAAACAAACAGCUAACGACUCUGCCACAUGCGUAUAAACAAAACAACAAUAACAAGCAACAUGAGAACCCACUGUGUUAGUGAACACCAUAACGUUCUUCUCGUUUGAAAUACUUCAGCAAAGCUCAGACGAUUUUUACUAUAAAGUUUAAAAGGAGCAAUCAAAAUGUGUCGAAACUUUGUUCGUGCUUACCUCGACCCGUUAUUAAGAAUGCAUAGACGAAACAUGGGACUGUGAUAACUCGUAUCAUGUUAGGCACCUCCAUCUAGUUAAAAUUCUCUUCACGUUUUAGAAGUGGCAUGAUUUCACUGAUUUUCAAUGUGAAUUAUUCGAUGUGUAUGCCAACAGGAUGAAUACAGUAACCGGUGAAAGUUUAAGUGACUUUUGUUUUCCCUUGCAAAAUCUAGAAAAAGAAUCAGCAGAUGAGUAAACAAGAAUAAACAGAACAAAAUAAACAAAUUAUUAACAAAAGAUAAACAAAAUAUUCUGUUUAUCGUGGAAGUUAUUUAUCUAAGUAUUCAAUGAAGAAGAAAAAUAAAACUUUUAAAUAAACUACUGGUUGGAAGUACUUUGGAGGUAGAAACUGUGAUGAUUGUGUUGUAAUUCCACCUGGCAAUCAUCCUUCUUUCGCGUCAAAAUUUGCGCAAUUAUAGAUUCCCUGUCAACUAUAUAACAAAUGUUUACGCUUGAUACAAUUAAAUACAAUAAUUUCUUUCGGUGUUAUGUGACUGACUCUACGCUAGCGUCAUCUGUUGUUGGAUAUAGCAACUGUUCUGUAGGAGCAGCUUUUGUGUCACAUUCUUUUGUUGCUAUUGGAGACAAUACAUUUUCUUUGAAAUGUAUCGACAUCACAAAUAGCAAAUAACCUAAAUAACCAGGAGAGUUGAACACAAAUUUCUACAGUUUCUUUGUUAUAAAUUAUGUUUUUUUAAAAGUUUUCUAUACGCCCAGUUGAACGCUUAUCUGACUUUACUCCUCUAACUUUUGUUCCAGUACACAUUCACUGAUUUAGAUUUUUUUAAUACUCGUUUGUAACAUUUAUAUUAACUUUCUGUUUUUGUGAAACUUCGUAAUUUCGAUGAAGAGUUUAGUACGAGUCAGAUUCUAGUGCAGAAUAAAAGUGUCUUACCUCUAGUUUCAGUAGAAUUUAAUACUUCUAAAAAACUCAUUAUCUAUCGACAGAAAUGUUCUAUGUUUUAAUCUAAUGUUGAAAGUUAUCCAACGUUGUUUCCUAUUUUUAGAAAGUCUACAGAGGUUUGGGGAUUUUAUCAUUUUAUUUCAUUUCUUUUCUAUCUUUUACGCGCUUUUAUUUUAAAAUGAUGUAUUUUGCCAUAUAUUGCGACAGUUCUAAAUUCACAAUUUGUAAAACUGAUAAAACUGACGAAAUUUUAUAAUAACAUCUUGAAACCUUUGAAAUGUACUUGGUUGCAGAACAUGAAUUAAACAAAAAUUUUUUUCAA